CCGCCCCCUCCAUCUCCUUCGCCUCCGCCUCCUCCCUCUGCAGCGCCUGCGCGUGGCCCUGAGCUUUGAGUUGGAGGAUCUCAAUGUCCUUCUUGCGCAUGCGGCGGUCCUCGUGGGCUUCGGCGACGGUGGAGCGGAAUUGGUUGCGCUCUUCUAAAACGCGUUUGCGACCGGUCUCGAUGAAGGCGUCGAAGCGUUGGGUAAAUUGAGACAUGCGUGUGCGUAGCUCGUCGAAGCCGAAGUCGAUGGGGGGGAGGGAGUCGGCCAUGGAGGGGGCGAGGGCGGUGGUGACGGGGGGGCGGAGGGAGAGGGUGGGUUCGAAGGUUGUGUUCAUGGUUGCGGGUUGUUGGUUUGUUGAGCGAUGAGUUUUUGGAAGCUUGGAUGUUUUUGAGAGUCUGCUUGAGUUGCUUUUCGCAGCAGGUAGGUUUUUUGUGGUGAGGGUUGUUGAGAUAUUGCGAUGGAUGCGCGCGAAAUGUGACAGUUGGGGUGUUGACGUUUUCCAGAGUCUUAGUUGGCGAAGCAACGCAACGACCCAGCUCCCAUAAAGUGGGCUACCCUAGUGCGAAUAUCUUUAUCGCUGACGAAAGAUAAACCAAAGCUUGAGAAAAAUAAUUUCUGGGGCCAUUUUGAAGGACAUUUACUUGUUCGGCAUAUCCCCGUGGUCCCUACCGAAUUGGCAAUACCUCGUCGAAGUAUUCAAUACCGAAAUGUUGGCGCGAUUUAUUACGGCCUUAGGAAGACGGAUUCAUCGCUGCCCAGAUGACUGACCGGCGGGCGAAUGACCAUGCGUUUGGUCACCUUGGAGAAGCUACUUAUGAUACUGUUGAGAAGAAAUGGACUUUCUCACGGAUUCCUGUUUUACCAAGCAUAAUCCGACCAAUCCAACCACUACAACCAUGUAUUCCGCCAUCAGCACAAUCGAAGCCCGAGGCACAAAGGAAUGCUACAGACAGGGCAUCCAACAGAGCCCGCGACCAGAAGAGGUCGCUCAUACGAGAGAUCCCCCAAAUCGGAGCUGCGGCUUCCGUAUUGGGACCUCUCGUACGAACUGCAGCAAUCAAGACCUCCAAGACGCGCCCAACAGACGGUGACCUGGUCGCCAGCGGGACCGCCAAAGUGCUGUCGAAACACCAUGGCGACCGUUCGAUUAAUGUGCUAGCGGUUGCACAUGGCGAAGCCGGGCAUGUCCUGCGAUUGAUUAAACCCCGGCUUGAGGACCACACCUGGCAAGGCGACGAUUCCGUGAAGCUGCGGAUGCUGAACCCCAGCACAUCAGAGGAUGGAUACUGGCUCGAUGGCGCCGGAUCGAUUGAACAGAUCGUAUUCUCGUCAGGUGUAGAAGGCGACAGGUCUUGGUUGGCUGUUCGCAAACUGGCAUCCACGACUAUACUACAACCAGUAUAUCAGAGAACACCGGGUCCAGCACGAGUGCGCCCGGGGUUUCAAGACAGAUAUAGGCCCUCCCUCUUGGAUCCGAAUCCAGCGGUCACUAUCACCAGCGCGAUGACGAAUGGUAGGAAUCAUGCUGAUGUGGCGUUCAAUCCUUGGUAUCCGCGCCAGUUUGCAGUUCUGGAUGAGGAAGGGUACUGGAGUGCCUGGGAUAUUGAAGGUCGGAAACGCGCUGGUUCGAAGAUGGCUACUCCUGGAAAGUCGGGAUAUAUACUCGACGACCGGGCGGAAAGUGAUCUUUCGUUGGAUAUUGCUUCAAAUGGAUGGGGCAGGAUACUCUGGGCUGGAAAUGUCAGUACGAUAGUGGUGUGCAACGACCGUUACUUGGCGGUAUUUGAUCUCAAAGCUUAUCCCAUACGAUUACGAAGUCCGGACUUGGUACCCAGCGGAUCGUUUGGUCGUAUUCUGGAGAUCAAGCGCAGCCCGCUUCAGCAUGACAAAGUUUUUGUCCUCACGAAUACGCGAUUAUUCCUCCUCCAGAUAAACACAGCGGGAGAGUGGCUCGAUGACACUGAUAGGACAGCUGGGGCACGGAUUAUCAUGUCUUGCUUGCAUUAUCAGGAGGCGCAGGGCAACUUGCUGAAACUGGAGUUGCAUGAGGAAGGCGAUGUUUGUACGGCUUUUUUGGUUUCUUCGGGAAUGUUCUUGAUUAAUGUGUAUAAAUUCACGGCAACACCUGAUGCGGCAACGCCGGUGACCUGGUCGACAGAUGCGUUCUCGUUAGAACAUGGGGCAGAUGAAGAUACGCUGUCAAAACUUGUUGGGUUCUGUGUUCUUCCCGCUGCUCUUGAACGCAGUGGUGGGCCGGCGACGUCUAACAUAAGGAGAAGUUAUGUGGAUCAUGGGAAUUUCCUACAGGCCUUCGCUCUUGGGGAGAAUUUAGAGAUAUCACAAACUCUCCUGGCUGAGUGCCGCAUGGUGGCUGUGCCGUCUCCUGGAAAGCCGGCAAGAUACGAGCAGCUAUCGUCACCUUCGGAGAGUCAAGCUGUCCCACCUAAGGCCCAUUUCCUGUCGUCUCGGACGAUUGAUGACUUUAUCGUUCCUGAUGGGUUUGAAGACUACGACUCUGGAAGUGAACGAAAGGCACCAGUCGUGAGGCCCUCGAUAGAAGACGAUAUACCCGAAGAGCCCGCACCGAAAGUGAUCGGCGCCCAGCGCUGGUAUGAGCUCGCGACUAAAGACAAAGCUGCCAAACCGCCUAGCCGGGAAGACUAUCCUGACGUAGAAAUUGAGAUGGCAGAUUACAUACAGAAUAUUGUCGGAGGAAUUCAGCACAGGAGACAAGCUGGGCUGGAGGGUCUCUCUAGCUUUCACGAUCUAGCGGGCUUCGAGAAAUUUACAGAGGAUGUCGAUGACGGAGCUGCAUUACUUCAGGAGUUCAUCAAUAAUUUCGAGGACAAUUAUGCGGAAAGUAGCAUGGCAGUCACCUUACAAUCCUCAGGUCUACUCAGAAUGCUAGACCUAGAACCAGAUGAGUCCUCUGGCGACAACUUACCGAACCUCUCAAACGUCUACGACAGGCUCGUCAACCUCUGGGUUACAUCUCUCCCUCAAAACACUCCCGGCAUGGCGCGAAUCGCCAAAGAGAAGGUUGCGCGAAACGUGGCAGCGGACUUAUGUCUCAGCUCCAUCCUCGUUUCCAUCCGCGACAAAUCCGUUCCUCUACCUACCACCGCACCAUCCCAGGACCUUGAAGAAGGACCAAGCCUCACCCUACCCAUCCAUGGCGGCCGGCCACCUCCCCCCCCACGAACACCCUCCCGUUCGCGCUUCAGCAGCCAGCCCUUACAAGACCAUGGCUUCGAGCCCUCCUCCAGCCACGCCACCCCAGCGCCCUCGGAAUCUGCUCUCUCUGGCGGGCCCGCCGAAGACCCCGCCGUAGCACGCCUCCGCGGGUACGCUCUCUCCAUCAAGUCACUAAAACCACUCGGGCCAACAUGCGCAUCGAUCCUCACGCAGUGGCCCGAAACACCAGGUUCAGACCCAUCAACAUACGUGUGGCGCCCAGACCAAAUCUCCGGCGCCGCGGAGGAAGAAGGGGACAGCGACGAAGAAGCCGCGCGGCAGAGGGAAGAGAAGCGACGUAGACGGACGGAGAAGUUUCUCAAGCGGCAGAAGGGGGUAGCGAGUCCGCGACUGGGAACAGUGCAGAGUAGCCAGCCGCCGCCAGUGGUGGAGAGCCAGCCGGCGUAUAGGUUUGCGGCGUCGUUGCAGGUGGUGGUUCAGAGCUCGAGUCAGGCUGAUGGGGGGUUGUCGAUGACGCAGCCGAGUGCGGGGGCGUUUGGGAGUAGGGCAGGGGUGGGGAAGAAGAAGAAGAGGAAGACGGGGUUUUAA